AUGUCUGACACUCCUACUUCCACUGCCAACCAGGCAGAAGCUCGAGCUCUUGAGACCACGACCAAGAAAAACGUAUUCUACACAAACGACGAAUCCUCUUCCAUCGACCAGUCCACUGCGGCCGAGACGGACACCGUCGGGUACACCUCGGAGACGCCUUUUCGUGGCUUCUUUAUCUACGGAGCUAUAGUCGAAGCUCCCUCCCUUACCUCUAAACGGGGUUCAAUUCGAGUCUUGAAGCGUGAACAAGACACUGACAACUGGAACCUCAUGGAGCAGUCUUGUUCCGCCAGUUGCGGUGACAUUCAAGCCGCAUGUUUCACAAAGGACGAGCUGGCCGGCCUCGCCAAAGCCUGUCCCUUCGAAUUCACAUUCGACGAGGCUGACUUCAAUCGCACUACCAAAGCGGCGGGUACCUACAACUUUCCUUCAAUCAUCAACGCUGGCCUCGUCAUCGUCGCUUGGCGAUUCCGCGGUGACCCCCACCAUGCUUGGUUCGAUGGUCAGGGUUUCCUGAUUAAGGAACUUACGGCCUUUCCUGCCGACUCUUUGGAUGUGGAUAACUAG